AUGUCCUUCAACUGCUCCACAAGAAAUUACUCUUCCAGGCCCAUGGGAGGACGUUGUACUGUCCCCAUGGCCCCAGCGGCCACGUCUUCAGCCCUUGAAACCGACUGCCUGAGCAACAUCCAUUUACCCAGUUCCUUCCAAACUGGCUCUUGGCUCCUGGACCAUUGUCAGGAGUCCAGCUCAUGUGAGCCUGCUGUCUGCCAGCCAACUUGUUUCCAGCGAACCUCUUGCAUCUCCAGCCCUGCCCAGGUAACUUGCUCACGACAGACUACCUGUGUCUCUAGCCCCUGCUCAUCUUCCAGCAGCCGCCCAUUCGGCUUUGUCUCAAGUGGCUGUCAGCCCCUGGGAGGCAUCUCCAGUGUCUGCCAACCAGUAGGCAGCAUCUCAACUGUUUGCCAACCAGUGGGAGGAGUCUCUUCCGUCUGCCAACCAUCUUGUGGAUACACCCGGACGUACCAGCAGUCCUCCUGUGUGUCCAGCUGCCGAAGAACUUGCUAA